AUGACGUUCUGGACGGCUGAGCGGCUGCAGUUCCUCCGUGUGGCGCAGUGGGCGGUCCCGGUCAUGGUCCUCGCUGGUGUGCCGCUGUACAACCGGUACCUGGGCGGGCCGGAGAAGCGGGCAGCAUGGGAAGAGUACAAGGAGCGGCAGAGAGUGUUUGCUGAAGAGGCGCAGAAGCGGAUCGCAUCGGGCGAGGGCAAGAGCGAGGGCGAGUAG